ACCGCAUGAUAAUCAUUCUGGUUCUGUCCAGAACUGGUUUUUUGCUCCCGAAAUCAGUUUUGGACCAGAAACCCGUUUGUUAACGCAAUUUAAUUUUUCUAUUUCCGGGACAAGUUUUUGUCCCGGAACUCGUUUUGGACCAAAAAUGAGAAACAGAAAAAACUAGGUUUUUCGUUUCUGGACCAAAAGUGAGAACUCAUUCCCGAAGAAAUCGAUUUUCUUCGACACAUCUCUCUCUCGUCUCCUUCGAGCUCUCUCUUCUGCCCGACUCUCUCUCUACUCUCUUCUAUUGCCGUCGACAGAGGAAGCCAAGCCACUCGUUCGCUUGCUCCGACCGAGAGGAAGCCAGGGCCGCUCGCUCCUGCUCCACGUACAAGCUGCUGCACCUGCAAGUAAAGGAGAACUCGGGAGGGCCACCUGGACUUCUCUCCACACUCUAGCUGCUCAAUUAAGGGUAAAUGGCAUCUCAAAAAGAGACAUUUGUGGCAAAGUGGACUGAGCCUUUAACCAAUUUGCUUGUAAGCUUAAUGGUUGAAGAGGUAAAAAGAGGAAAUCGCACCACUACUACCUACAACAAAGUAGGAUGGAAUAACAUAGUUACCGAGUUCAAUAAACAAACAACACUCCAGUUUACUGUAGUUCAGUUGAAGAACAGGACAAACAAAUUGAGGAGACAGUAUGGGAGUUAUAAGAAGCUUCUUUCACAAUCUGGAUUUGGAUGGGAUCAUGUUAACAAAACGGUUAUUGUGGAGGAUCCAAGUGUAUGGGAUGAUCACAUCAAGGAUAACAUCGAAUGGGCUAAAUUCCGAAAGGAUGGGUUUCCUCAAUAUCCCGAUCUGUGUAUCGUGUUUGGCGAUACAUAUGCUACUGGGGAUUACGCAGUAGGAAAUGCAGAAUACUUGGUGGUGUCGGAGGGGGAAGACGAUGGUAGUGGUGGUGACAAUGGUGGUGGUGCUUUGGUAGGUGAUCCAAACGAACUUAGUGAUGGAGUCUUCACACCUGACGUGAGUGCCACGCAAGUUCGUGAGAAUCACAAGUUGGAUAGGACUCCAAAUUCCAAGAGGAGGAGAAAGAGUAGCACAUAUGAUAUUGCUGGCACCUGCAAAGCCAUUCAAGAUAUGAUCAAGUCCAAGGCGAGUCAAUCAACAAGUGGCUCCAUCACCUCACAUGUCCCCCCACCCGAGAACCCCUACUCCAUGGGAGCCGUGGUUGCCAUCUUAAAUGACAUGCUUGACUUAGAGCAAAAUCUUUACAACAAAGCUAUGAACCAAGCAUGCCUUAGUGCCAACUGGAGAGAGGGUUUCGUCCUAUCUUUACCUGAAAGGAGACGCGGUCUUCUUGAAUCUCUUUGAAUAGAUGUUGAGAACUACGAUGACUUUUUCAUGUUUG